AGAAUCACUCUCCACUGCUCUCCUACGCGACAGGUAGUCUUGUGCAUCCAAGAAACCAGAACAUCCCUCCAACCUAGUGCUGAGAAAACUAAGAGGCACCAGGAGUGUGGAAAAUAAUGUGGAACGCAUCCACAGGCAAGUCAGGAGAUCUGUGUCGAGCAGUCUGUACCCUGGCGAAGUGCUGAGUUCUUAGGUCACAGCCUGUGUGUUCCUCCUCAUCAGCAAGGCCUGAAAAUGUUUUGCAAGUGCUGUGUUUGUUUUCCAAGUCUCUGAUUCAUUCACCAAGGAGUUGUCGCAUGGAAGAUAGAGGAGCAGGUUGCACAAUGGAUGGGCAGAAGUCCAAAUCUGUGUUGCCGUCUGAUUCAUAGACUCAGACUAUUUUAAGAAGAACAGCAUUUGGAGCACUAAGGCUUCCUGGGCAGUUCUGGAUAAGAUGAACGCCGAGGUGGCUCUGUAUACUACUAUACUAAACCCAGAGGCCACCACGCACUUCAGUAAGAAGAUGGAGAAAGGAUGGGAGUGCAAGAAGAGGCGCUAUGUGCAAAAGGAUGGCAACUGCAAUGUUGUCUUCCGAAGCCUUCCUGGGCAGUGGGGUCUCUACGUGACUGACAUCUUCACCACUCUCGUGGAAAUCCGAUGGCGCAUCAUGUUCCUGAUCUUUUCACUCUCCUACAUUUUAUCCUGGCUCUUUUUUGGCAUUUCGUUCUGGCUGAUCGCCAUACAGCACGGAGACACGCAGGAUCUAGAGAACAGCCCAUGCGUUGACAACGUCCGCAGCUUCACAGCAGCGUUCCUCUUCUCGCUGGAGACCCAGACCACCAUUGGCUACGGCUUCCGAGGCAUGACAGAGGAGUGCAUGGUGGCCAUCAUCCUCGUGACAGUGCAGGAUGUCCUCAGCUGCUUCAUCGACACCUUCAUAAUCGGGAUAGCUGUGGCCAAGAUGGCUUCUGCUCGGAAGAGGGCGCAGACUGUUGGCUUCAGCGAUUCUGCCGUGAUCAACAUGAGGGAUGGGCAGCUAUGUCUCAUGUGGCGCAUUGGGGAUUUCCGCCAGAACCACAUGGUAGAAGGUACUGCAAGGGCCCAGAUAAUCCGUCACACAGUGCACCCAUCUGGCAAAGUAAGUGUAUCCUACAGGGAUCUCGACCUUUGCCACAAUGAAAUCAUCCUGGCCACACCAACAUUGAUAAUUCACAAGAUUGGGCCGAGCAGUCCCCUCUACAGGCUGAACAUGCAGGAUCUGCAGACAGAAAACUUUGAGCUGGUGGUCACCUUUACCUAUACUGGGGACUCCACAGGCAUCUUACAUCAGACUCGCACCUCCUACACACCUGCAGAGAUCCGCUGGGGCCACAAUUUCUGCAACAUGCUGAGAGUGAAGGAGAAAUACUACAAGGUGGACUACUCUCUUUUCCACCAAACCACUAAAGCGAACACUCCGGAGAUCAGCUCAGAGGAAAAUGAACUCAAAAAGCAAAGACAGUCAGUUCCACAGCAAAGCUCGGUGCAUGAUCCCACAUCUAGUGCCAGCACUGUGGUUCUCAGAAAUCAGCCACAUGAGGAGAAUAUGAACCCAUUACUAAUAAACAACCACCUUCCAAACAGCAAUAUACAGCAGGCAGAUCAGGAAGACCAGCUGUAGCCAAGCAACCUUGGCACAGACUUACAAGUAUCUUGCAGAUUAAGUCUUUGCGUGGUUCUCCAACUUUAUUUCCUCCAUGGGAAACCAGCAAUUAUCCAAAAAUACAUAGCGUUAGUCUAUGAAGUACAGUACAUAUGACUGUAGAUGAAUGACUGUAAUAGAAAUGUCUUUUAAUGUAGCCCUAUAAGGAGCAAAUCUGAUUAAAUUUGCAGAUGCAAAUUUGAGCCUGUAGAAGAACAAAUUAAAUUCUCAUUUAGGGAUGAUUAUAUAGAACAACUAAACAUAGAGGAUAUCAUUAUGUUCAUGAAGCAUACUGCUGAUGAGAGAUGAAUUUGGCAAUGGUCUUGCAUCUUAAGAAGCCACUGUUGAACAAUCUCCAUAUUAAGACUUCAGAAGCAAAAUAAAUGGUGAAUUAGACAAC